CAUCAGCAACUAUUGAACAACUUAAAGAAAGUGUUUCUAAGCUGAAACUCCCCAAAGAGCACACUCCAAGAAUAUAAUCCAAACAAAAUGGCAGAGAAAAUAAAGAACUUCUUCAAAAAGAAGAAGAUUGAUGCUAAAUUCAAGCUCGCUGGGCCGGGACACAAGCUCAGUGAAUCUACAAUCAGUAGUCAAUCAUCCAAUCAUUCUAGGAGGGAGGACAAGAUUGUGACAAGGUCAGGGUUGUCACAGGAGAGCAAAGUUGCUGCGGACGCUGCAUUGGCAAGACUACAACAGACUAGAGAUAAUCCAGCCUUCAAUACAUCAUUGGCUGCAAUAAAGGCGCAAGUCAAGAAAGAGUUAGAAAACGAAAAUGCCACCAACUCUAAAUCAGAGCCAAGAGAGUCAAGCCCAAAAGUGGAAAUCGAAAGUGAUGUGCCCAAAAAUUAUGCUGCAUCAGGAGUGUUCUUCAAAUGCCCCCUAAUAAGCAAUGAUAUUCUACCUCGUGAUGAAUGGAAGAGAAACAUCAAAACAUUCCUGUAUGAACAGUUGGAGGACGAGCGAGGUCUGACUGCAUGCCUCAUCAUACAAUCUUGUAAUAACAACAAGGAAAAGGUUGAGACGUGUGUGGAAACACUUUGCAAGUAUUUGGAGAACAUUAUCACUUACCCUGAAGAGGAAAAGUAUCAGAAAAUUCGAAUGUCUAACAAAGCCUUCCGUGAAAGAGUGCAGCCUAUAGAGGGAUCGUUGGAGCUGCUGCUCGCCGCUGGGUUCACGCAACAGAAGUUAGCUAACGCGGAAGGCGUUGAGGAAGACUUUCUGGUGUUCAAUCAGGAAAAUGUGCCUUCAGUGGAGAGUUUGACAACUUUAAUUGAAGCACUGAGAUCAGCAGAACCGAUUCAACUGGAGUUAGACAGGAAUCUGCAAGUGCUUCUGCCUUCGCAAGCUGCUAACAAAGUUCAACUACCGCCUUCCUUCUAUGCCCUCACGCCUGAGGAGCUGAAGAAGGAACAUCAGCUUAGGGCUGAAGCAAUUGAGAAGAGUCAAAUGCUACGCACGAAGGCGAUGCGAGAAAAGGACGAGUUGAGGGAGAUGCGGAAAUACAAGUUUGCGAUCAUCAGGAUCAGGUUCCCUGAUGGAAUACUAUUGCAGGGCACUUUUUCAGUCUACGAACGCUACCAAGAUAUACACGACUUCGUACAAGAAAACCUCGAGCACAGCGGUCUGCCUUUCGUCCUAAACACACCUACAGGACACAAACUAGUAGAAGAGGAUGAUGCAAAUAAGACCCUUAUUGAUCUACGUUUAGUACCAGCGACAGUGCUCACAUUCGCCUGGCACAAUUCCAUAAUCGAAGACAUUAAUAGAAGCCCGAACAAAGAUGUUUAUUUGAAACCAGAAGUCAUGGUUUUAGUGCAAGAGAUUUAAUGUUUACUUUAUUUUUUGUUUGUUAGAAGAAAUAGAUGUUAUGCUUUAUUAAA